AGCAGCCCUUUUUUUGGCGGACGGCGUCACGGCAGUUUGUUUGCGUGCAGAUCGACCUAAUAUUGAUCGAUGAUGCUGCCCACACAAGGAUGAUGACGAGGCGACGAUACGGACCAAUGAUGGCAGCCUACAAAUUCCUGGGCAGCCUCCUCGUCCUCCGCACCAUCAAAGCCGACCCCUGCGCGCCGCCCCAAAUUCGGCUGCGCAACAAUACACUCAACAAAACAAUCGCCGUCGUGCUGAGGGGCGAGGCCUUCCGCAACACGGGCCAGCAGCACGUACGCGGGACCUGCGGCUGCGCGUUAGCAUGGAAGACGCAAAGGCGCAUCGCCGACGACCACGAGAAGUGGUUUGUGGCAUUGGGCCGGAGCGGCUACGGCGUCGACGUCUUCGCGGCGACGCGGCCCUGCUCGAACACGAACGCGACGUACAAUGCCACCGAGACCUUACGGGAGUGGUACGGGCCGCGGAUGAAAGUUAGUGUGGAGGACGUUGAUGACGGUUUACCGUUUGCGCAAGUCAGGAAUAGAGAUAGAGCCAUUGCUCUCGUGAGGGACUACGCCCAUGAACAUGGCGUGAAUUAUGCGUAUGUGUUCAUCAUGCGAUGGGACUACAAGAUUGAUGUAUCGAAGUGGCGCCCGCGCUGCGUCUUAGACGGGACGCUCAAGGACUCGCGCCAUUUAAUUUGGCGGACGAAGGACCAGGACAAGAUGCAGGUCGUGCCGGGGGCCUUGGCGGCCUGCUUCUACAAGCAGAACGCGGACCGAUCGGCCGUGUUAAAUGGAACACGCUUGGUCAGGCCGUCGGACUGCACCUGGGACGCGUGCCUCGAGCACGUCUGGAUCCGGACCGGUGGGUUAGGGCGUCCCCCCAAACACCCGCCCCUCGUCGUGUCGCACCUCUGGAAGCACGGAGAGUGCCCGACGCCCUGGGCGGUGAAGGUCGUCCAUAGAGCGGGCCCGCACAUCGGCAAGGGCCGUUUAAAAGAUAUCGCGGCCUGCGAGCGCGCGGACGCCGACCAAAGGCGUGUGGACCACUGGCAGGCGUGCCGGGACGGGUCGCCCGGCCAGAUGCAGCGCGCGGGGCUCGGUUGUAUACGAAACGGCUCGGUUGUAUACGAACGAAACACGACCGCGGUGCCGCCCUUCGACUCGGCGACGCACUGGCUCGCCAAGAAGAAGGAGCACUGGACGGCCAAGGUUCCUUAUCUGCGCGGGGGACCGCUCCCUCCGAAGGGCGUGCGCCGCGGCGAGGAGGGCCGCGAGGUGUUUGUGUAAUGUAUUACAUACAGU